GGAAGGGCGGGAGGAGGCGGCGGAACCGGAUGCGCAGGUCGGCGGCGCGGGGCUGAGGGCUGUGCCCGCGGCCGGCCAGAGGGCGGGGCGGCUGCGGGAGGGAACGGGCUUUUCCUCCUCCUUCUUCUCCUCCUCCUCUCCCGGCGCCCCCUCCCCAUGCUGGCCCUGUGCGUGUGCGCGGCUCGCAGGUCCAUUGGGCCACAGCUUGUGUUGAGAAUGACAUUAGGAGCAGAAAUUACUAGCCAGCUCAAGGCUUCUUCAUACAUAGCAUCAGGCCGAAACCUUCUGAGAUGGGACCUGUCACCAGAGCAAAUUAGAACAAGAACAGAAGAACUAAUCAGGAAGGCAAAGCAUGUGUAUGACAGUGUCGGGAUGCUUGAUGUUGAAGAAGUAACACAUGAAAAUACUGUACGGGCUUUGGCAGAUAUAGAAGUGGAAUAUGCAGUGGAAAGAAGCAUGUUGGAUUUUCCCCAGCAUGUCUCACCCGACAAAGAAGUACGCAUAGCAAGUACAGAAGCUGACAAAAAGCUCUCCAGUUUUGAUGUGGAGAUGAGCAUGAGAGAAGAUGUGUUUCAGAAGAUUGUUUAUUUGCAGCAAACCUGUGAUCUUCAAAACGUAAAGCCUGAAACAAAGCGGUAUCUAGAGAAAUCAGUUCAAGUGGGAAAAAGAAAUGGACUCCAUCUUCCUAAAGAAGUGCAGAAUGAAAUAAAGACAAUGAAGAAAAAAAUGAGUGAGCUGUGUAUAGACUUUAACAAAAACCUGAAUGAGGAAAACACAUUUCUUGUGUUUUCUAAGGAAGAACUUGAAGGCCUUCCUGAUGACUUUAUUAAGAGUUUAGAGAAGACUGAGGAAGACAAAUAUAAAAUUACUUUAAAGUAUCCCCACUAUUUUCCUGUCAUGAAGAAGUGCUGCAUUUCAGAAACCAGGAGAAAAAUGGAAUCUGCCUUUAACUCGAGAUGCAAAGAGGAGAACACGAAAAUUCUUCAGCAAUUACUUCCACUAAGGGCAAAAGUGGCAGAGCUUCUUGGUUAUAAUACACAUGCCAACUUUGUUCUGGAGGUAAACACUGCAAAGAGCACAGAUAACGUAACCGCCUUCUUAGAUGAUUUGAGUAAGAAGCUAAAGCCGUUGGCUGAGGAAGAAAGAGAAUUCAUUCUAGAUUUGAAGAAAAAGGAAUGUAAAGAAAGAAACUUUGAUUGUGAUGGAAGAAUCAAUGCAUGGGAUCUUCAUUAUUAUAUGAACAAAACAGAAGAGCUGAAGUACUCCAUAGAUCAAGAAAAGCUGAAGGAAUACUUCCCAAUUGAGGCUGUUACAGAAGGCUUACUGAAUAUUUACCAGAAGCUGCUGGGACUUGUAUUUGAGCAAGUAGAAAGUGCUCAUGUUUGGCACGACAGUGUUAGUCUUUAUACAGUAAAGGAUAAUUCAACAGGAGAAAUGUUAGGACAGUUCUAUUUGGACCUUUACCCCAGAGAGGGGAAGUAUGGGCAUGCAGCAUGCUUUGGUCUCCAACCCGGCUGUCUUCUCUCUGAUGGCAGCAGAAUGAUGUCUGUAGCUGCUCUGGUAGCCAACUUCACAAAACCAGCAUCAGAUCGCCCAUCGUUGCUGCGACACGAUGAAGUAAAAACUUACUUCCAUGAAUUUGGUCAUGUAAUGCAUCAGAUAUGUGCACAGACUGAUUUUGCUAGGUUUAGUGGAACUAAUGUGGAAACAGAUUUUGUAGAGGUACCUUCACAAAUGUUUGAGAACUGGGUGUGGGAAAAAGAACCACUACAGCAGCUGUCAAGACAUUACAAAGAUGAGAGCCACGUUGAAGACAUUCUCCUUGCAAAACUUGCUGCCUCUAGAUUGGCUAAUACAGGCCUUUUAACCCUCCGUCAGAUUGUUUUGAGCAAAGUUGACCAGGCUCUGCACACAAAGCCAUCUGUUGAUCCAGCAGAUGAAUAUGCUAAAUACUGUAUGGAGAUUCUAGGAAUUCCUGCCACCCCAGGAACAAACAUGCCAGCUACUUUUGGACACCUGGCAGGUGGUUAUGAUGGUCAGUACUAUGGAUACCUGUGGAGUGAAGUGUUUUCCAUGGACAUUUUUUACAGCUGCUUUAAACAAGAAGGAAUAAUGAAUCCAAAGGCUGGGAUGAAAUACAGAAACUUCAUUUUGAAGCCUGGAGGAUCUUUAGAUGGGAUGGAUAUACUACAAAAUUUCUUGGAGCGUAAACCAAGCCAGAGAGCUUUCCUAUUGAGUAAGGGAUUAUCUGUUCAGUAAAAUUAUGGUUCCUUUGUAAUGGCAUGUAAGUAUGAAAUGAACUGGAAAUGUCAAUGUAUUUCACAUCUUAACUGUGUAUCACUCUAGGGGAAUUGGGUCACUUUUUGAUGAUUUUUUUUUAAUUGUAUAAAUAAAAAUGUGGGGGUUUAUUAAAUUGCGUAGGACUACAAAAUUCAACACAUCAGGGAAUAAAUUCUGAGAUGUGCAGAAGUUGAAGAAUUUGGAUGGUAAUUUUUUUGGAUUGUUAUGAAAUAAUAUUAAUCAGUAUGGGGAGUUGAUGCCGUGUUUCUCUUUUAAUAGAUGCACUUAAACUGUGUUGUGAAUUAAUUUUAAAACUGGAGGGGAUAAAAAAAGCACACUACCAGCAAUAAAAGAAACAAAUUCA